AUCUUAAAAAAUCAAUUCUUUAUUUCAGAUGGUAAGGAGAGAAUCAAAGCUCACAAAGAAGCCAGUGUUUAUGCACGACAAGAUGUACAACAUUGUUCCAGACAUAACGACGACCAAACGUAUGCACGAGGUGGAAGAUAUUCCUACCAUCCCGAGACAGAAACCCCUUCCGCUCACAGCUACUGGUAAAAAGUACGAAGCAUUGCCAAAUCUCGGGGAAGUUCAUGCUCCAUCUAGAUGUAACAACAAUGCCACUUUAACCAGGCCCAAUCCCUGCAUCAGCCCCGACAUCUUAUCUCAACCUGACGUAAAGAAACCUAGAAUCCCUCUUGCUUGCUUGGACUUAAAGAGUAUCAAACAAAAAAUGGACAAAGCUGAAAAGAAGGAGAAGAAAGCCAAGAAAAAGAAGUCUAAACCGCCUCCAAAGCAAAUGACCGCAUACCUGGAAGAAAAGCCAAACGUACAAAAGGAGAACAAUCCUCCAUUGGCUAACAUCCCUCGUCCCCCGGACACUCCAUUAGAUCCAUCAAAACCGAGACGAAUUGUCCGAAUCAAGCAGGAAGCGUUCUUCCAAUCUCUGGGACCGGAGAAGAUUGCAGAAAUAGUGAACAUGGUCACUGGUAAUCAAGGGGGACUUGGUUACUUUCAACAACCAGGUGAAAACGAUUACUUGAGUUCGGAGCAGCAGUAUGGAUACAUCAAUCCCGACCCAUUUUCUGGAUAUAUCCAUCCAGCUGACAUGCUUCCUGAAGUCAUUGAUCAAAACCAGGAUAUAGGAUAUUCCAAUAACUUCCCUGGAUAUAUCCACCCAGCUGAGACGCUGCCAGGAGUCAUGGACUCAAAUCAGGAGAUGGGAUAUUCGUUCCCUGGAUAUAUCCAUCCAGCUGAUACACAGCCAGAAAUUAUGGAUACUAAUCAGGAUAUGGGAUAUUCAUGUCAACUUCCUGGACUAAAUUUGUUCAAAUCAGAACCGAGUUCGGAUAGUGUAGGCGGCUUUCCUCAAAUUAAGCGCACUGCACCUGGGGAAAUGUUAGGAUACGUCAAACCAAAAGAUACUGGUAAAGACAGUUUGGUGGCAAAUCCCUUGAUUUUACCUAAACCUCAGAAGCAAAUAUUCAAAUGUGCUAGUCAGGAACAAUUUAAAUCUUUGUGUAAACGCAGCACCAUGAAAUCUACUCAUCAGAAACAACGCUCCAAGAACACCAACCAGAAACUCCUCUCCAUCAACUCAAAUGUGACCAUAUGAACAUGUUUUCAAUGAAUCGUUUCACUUUGAGUAGUUCAGUUUUUGUAAGAAACAUUUGUAAUCUCUCUGAUUUCUGCAUCUGACAGUGAUUGGUCCGUUCCAUGGCAUUAAUAUGGUGUAUGGAAAUAUGAACUAUUGUGAACAGAACUGCAACUUGUCUACUAGAUUUUACAAUUUAUUCUAUCAAGGGUCCAUUUGAACGCAUCUUCGCUAGCGUAGAUGAUUUGAACGCAAUGUUUAAAACCAAAUAUUUUUUCUCUCUUUUUAUAAUAUGCUUUUCAAUCGAAUCUUAUUGUUCAUUGUUUUAUUAAAGAAAAUACAUGUCUUAUAUAACUUACAAUCAAACAUGUUUUCCUUUUCUGUAAGACUUCA